AUGGGAGAUAGGAUCACAAUGAAGACUGAUGGUUUGCAAAGCAAAUCUGAUGUGCUAUUCCCCAAUUCCCCGCAUCUUGUGUCAGGUGGUUGUGGUGAGUUUAUCGUCAACGGCUUCUUCCUGCAUCGUUUCCCCCACACCUUCGGUCUCUUUCUCCUUCCUCCUCGCAGACAUUCUGGACCAAUCGACACACCGGCACUGGAACGCCUUGCUCCUCUGAUUCCCUCUAACUUCUCACACCUUCGCCUCCUCCUAACCCAACUUCAUUUCUCUCGCGGCUCCUCUCUCUCCUUCCCCCUCACCUUCCACAUUCUCCGUCAAAGCCCUUUUAGUGGAUUCCAUUUAUCUCUCACCACAUCUCUCAUCUUUCUUCCUUUCUUCCAGCGUCCAUUGUUUGAUUUCAGUUUUACCUUACCUGUCGAGGACCAUGUACAGUCAUGA